AUGUCGCCUUUGAUUGACCGCUCAAACGCCCUCAGCUCCUCCCUGCAUGCACGAGGCAGCACGGGGUGCAAGGAGGGCGCACUGGGACAACAGACACGGGCAUGCACCAGCAUGCAGCAAGUGCGGCGCGCAUGGAGCAAGUGCAGCGCACAUGGUGCAAGUGCAGUGCGCAUGGUGCAAGUGCAGCGCGCAUGGUGCAAGUGCAGCGCGCAUGGUGCAAGUGCAGCGCGCAUGGAGCAAGAGCAGCGCGCAUGGAGCAAGUGCAGCGCGCAUGGAGCAAGUGCAGCGCGCAUGGAGCAAGUGCAGCGCGCAUGGAGCAAGUGCAGUGCGCAUGGAGCAAGUGCAGUGCGCAUGGUGCAAGUGCAGCGCGCAUGGAGCAAGUGCAGCGCGCAUGGGCUGGCAGCAGGGGCAGGUGAUGCAGCCGCUGCUGCUGCUGUUGCUGUUGAUGGUCCAUCGAAGAAAUCAGGCGGAAGGGCGGAGGCCGAAGCAGGAGCAGCAGGAGCAGCAGGGGAAGAGGGUGCAGCAGCAGCGGGAGCAGAGGGAGCAGCAGGAGAGGCAGCAGCUGGUGCAGGGGCAUCGAAGAAAUCUGCUGGUAGGCUGGUGGUGCUGGGAGGAGCAGCGGAGGCUGCCGAGGCAGGCGCCGUGGCACGGGCGGCAAGGGCAGCAGAGGUGGCAGGGACAGAUCCAGAUGGUCCAGAUGAUUGCCUCACAGGCAACGCGGUUGCUGCUGGGUGCGCUGCUGCUGGUGGGUUGGCAAGCACAGAGGCAGCAAUGGUGGAAGUGGCGGACGGCAUGUCUGGUGCGACAGGGGCGAAGAAGGGGAGGAGAGAGGGUGAUGAUGGGAAGGUGGAAAGGAGCAUGAGAGGGGCGGGGGGACAAGAGAAGGGUGAGAAAGAAUGA